AUUGAAUGAUUCAAUCUCCGGGUCACAGGUACGUCCUGUCCCAUCAUUCACACUAUAAAAACUCUCCUGCAGGUUGUCACUGAUCACCGAUCACACAGUGAGCAAAGCAGAAGUGAAAGGGAGAGGGGAACACAAUGGCAACAAACACUUCACAUUUAUCUGCAACUACGCAUUGUACCUCUGUUUCCCGAUUUGUAGAUUUCGGUUCCAGAAGUGGAAAGUCGACAUCGAAUUUGUUUUUGGUUCGAAAUUUGAGGCCGCGACCUGUUUCGCGGUCGUUUUCGGUUAAGAAUGUGUUUAGUGAGCAAAUGCAGAAGCUUAAAGAUCUGGUCGCUGGAGAAGAGAUGCCAAGUGGUCAGAAUCCUUCCACUGCAGAUUCCUCGUCUAUUGCCGCAAGUAUCAAAUACCAUUCAGAAUUCACAUCAGCAUUUUCUCCCGAGGAAUUUGAGCUUCCAAAGGCCUUUUUGGCUACUGCACAGAGUGUUCGUGAUGCUCUUAUUAUAAACUGGAAUGCAACAUAUGAGUACUAUGAGAGUUUGAAUGCAAAACAAGCAUAUUAUCUGUCAAUGGAAUUUUUACAGGGAAGGGCUUUGUUGAAUGCAAUUGGUAAUUUAGAGCUGACUGGCACUUAUGCAGAGGCCUUGACCAAACUUGGACACGCUUUGGAAACUGUGGCUCGUCAGGAGCCUGAUGCUGCACUUGGAAAUGGUGGUCUUGGGCGACUUGCUUCCUGCUUUUUGGACUCUAUGGCGACAUUAAAUUACCCUGCAUGGGGUUAUGGACUAAGGUACAAGUAUGGUCUAUUUAAACAGCGCAUUACCAAAGAAGGUCAAGAGGAGGUUGCUGAAGAUUGGCUUCAGAUGGGCAAUCCCUGGGAAAUAGUGAGAAACGAUGUUGCAUAUCCUGUGAAAUUUUAUGGCAAGGUUGUUUGUGGAUCAGAUGGAAAAAAUCAUUGGAUUGGAGGAGAAGAUAUAAUGGCUGUGGCACAUGAUGUCCCUAUACCAGGAUAUAAAACUAAAACAACCAUUAACCUGCGACUUUGGUCAACUAAAGCUCCAGCAGAAUAUCUGGACUUGUCUACUUUCAAUUCUGGGGAGCACACAAAAGCAUGUGAGGCCCUAGCAAAUGCUGAAAAGAUUUGCUACGUUCUCUACCCUGGGGAUGACUCCGUGGAGGGCAAGAUCCUCCGGUUGAAGCAACAAUACACCUUAUGUUCCGCUUCUCUCCAAGAUAUCAUUGCACGUUUUGAGAGAAGAUCUGGAUCGAAUGUAAAAUGGGAAGAAUUUCCGGAGAAAGUCGCAGUGCAGAUGAAUGAUACUCACCCCACACUCUGCAUCCCAGAGCUGAUGAGAAUCUUGAUGGACUUAAAAGGAUUGAGCUGGAAGGAGGCCUGGAAUAUUACUCAAAGAACUGUGGCAUACACAAACCACACUGUUCUACCAGAAGCACUGGAGAAAUGGAGCUUGGAGCUUAUGCAGAAACUGCUACCACGACAUGUUGAGAUUAUAGAAAUGAUUGAUGAAGAGCUGAUACACACCAUUGUUUCCAAGUAUGGUAAAGCGGAUCCCAACCUGUUGGAGAAAAAACUGAAGGAAAUGAGAAUAUUAGAAAAUGUAGAUCUACCUGCCACUUUUGCAGAGUUGAUUCCUAAACCUAAGAAAAGCUUAAUUGCUAAUAUCAUUGAAGAACCUGAAAUCAAGUUGGCUAACAAAGAAGAUGAAUCAGAAAGCAAAAACAAAUCCAAGAGCAAGGACACUCAGAAGAAGGAAAAGUCGGUGGUAGAAUCACCUCCAAAACCACCAAAGUUGGUCCGGAUGGCAAAUCUCUGUGUGGUUGGUGGUCAUGCUGUAAAUGGGGUUGCUGAGAUACAUAGUGAAAUAGUGAAGGAUGAAGUGUUUAACUCAUUUUAUGAGCUGUGGCCUGAGAAGUUUCAAAAUAAAACUAAUGGUGUCACUCCAAGAAGAUGGAUUCGUUUCUGCAAUCCAGAUUUGAGUAAAAUUAUCACUGAAUGGACUGGCUCUGAAGAAUGGGUCUUGAAUACUGAGAAGCUGGCUGACCUAAGAAAGUUUGCAGAGAAUGAGGAUCUUCAAGCCCAGUGGAGGGCAGCCAAAAAAAGCAAUAAAAUGAAGGUCGCGGCACUGAUCAAAGAAAAAACAGGGUAUUCUGUCAGUCCGGAUGCUAUGUUUGAUAUCCAGGUGAAGCGCAUUCAUGAAUACAAGCGACAACUGCUGAAUAUUCUUGGAAUUGUGUACCGCUACAAGAAGAUGAAAGAAAUGAGUGCUGUAGAAAGGAAAGCAAGCUAUGCUCCUAGAGUUUGUAUAUUUGGAGGGAAAGCAUUUGCUACAUAUGUGCAAGCCAAGAGAAUUGUGAAAUUUAUAACAGAUGUUGGGGCUACAAUUAAUCAUGACCCUGAAAUAGGUGAUUUACUUAAGGUUAUUUUUGUCCCGGAUUAUAAUGUCAGCGUUGCUGAAUUGCUCAUUCCUGCAAGCGAGCUCUCACAGCAUAUCAGCACUGCUGGAAUGGAAGCCAGCGGAACCAGCAACAUGAAGUUUGCAAUGAAUGGUUGUAUCCUAAUUGGAACAUUAGAUGGGGCCAAUGUUGAAAUUAUCCUAAUUGGAACAUUAGAUGGGGCCAAUGUUGAAAUACGACAAGAGGUUGGAGAAGAGAACUUUUUCCUUUUUGGUGCUAAAGCUCAUGAGAUUGCAGGUCUGAGGAAACAAAGGGCAGAAGGGAAGUUUGUUCCGGACCCACGUUUUGAAGAAGUGAAAGAAUUUAUUAAAAGUGGUGUUUUUGGGUCUUUCAAUUAUGACGGGCUAAUGGGAUCCUUGGAAGGAAAUGAAGGUUUUGGUCAAGCUGAUUAUUUCCUUGUUGGCGAGGACUUCCCAAGCUACAUAGAAUGCCAAGAAGAAGUCGACAAGGCAUAUUGGGACCAGAGGAGAUGGACCCGAAUGUCAAUCCUGAAUACAGCAGGUUCAUACAAGUUCAGCAGCGACAGGACGAUUCAUGAAUAUGCACGGGAUAUUUGGAACAUUCAACCUGCCAUAUUGCCAUGCUAAUGACUAGCAGUUGCAGAGUUGGCAGUGCCACGGCUUCAGGAAGAUUGAAUGGUCUUUCAUCCAUAGUCUUCGAAGAUUUUCCUCCACAACCACCUCUCCUGUCGGGGAAGAUAUGUAUAAAAUAAAAUUUUCUUCCAAUGUAAAGGAAAUAAAUUGAUGGAAAUAAAUGUGGUUCUUGUAGUUAAGUGCAAUGAAAUGGAAUAUGUAAGUGGCAAAAAUAAAAAAGAAACAAAUGUGAAUAAAGUUCAAAAUUUUCAUUUCUGUCUCAAAA